AUGGCGAAGACUGCUAAGCCCGCGAAGCCUUCGGGGAGAGUCUCAUCUGCGUUCGGUGAAGAUUUCCGGACCACCAAGCGGGACAAGCGGCAGAUCAAACACGCCGCCCUCGUGUCGAAGAUCGAGAAGGAUUCCCAAAAGACCCCAAAGCGUCGACGCGCACACAAGAAAUUGGUCGCCAAUCUCGAAUCUCUGGCCGAUGCCCUGCCCGAAGCAGAGGAAGCCAAUGAUGCCGCCAGUCAAGCCAAUAUCAUCAAGCAGAAGACCCUGCGACACAAGCCGGGGGCCAUGAAGCGCCGAGAGAACAUGGAGAAAACAGAGCGGGAGCGUUUCAACAAGAACAUGGCAGACAUGUCAACCAUCUCGUCAACUCCAGCUGCCCAAACUGAGUCGAAUCCCACGGCCGGUCGGUGGUCUGCCCUCCGAAGCUUCAUUUCGCAGACGAUGGAGCAGCAGCCCGUUUUCCAGGCGAAGAAAUGA